GUCCACCUUGAACAGUGAACCAGCGUUUGUGCAUACAACCGCGCCACUAUGGCGGCACUGCAAGAAGGGGGAACCCGAAACCCGACAAUCCCAGAGCCCAGGGCUGUCUAGGGCGGCAGAAAUGUAGAUCCAUCAUUUCGUUACUGUGUCAUUUCGUAGUUUCGUACAGUCCGUACAGUGUCUGAUUGCGCCCGCGGUGCAUUUUAAAACUAACGAACCUCAACUCACUGCGAUUUUUUCCACUCUAUAAUUCAUAUUUAAUCUUAAAAUGAGCAGCUAGCGAAAAAGGAAAUCCACAGACCUGACUGCCCCUUGCAACAUCUGCAACAAGUUAAUCAGGUUAUAGAACUGUAGGCCUGUUCAGGAGGAGGAGUCACAGGACGGCUUAAUUUCGGGGUUUUGGUGUGACUGGACGCGUUUCCCCUGCACGGAUAGGCGGGGAAGACGUUAAAUAGCGCAGUGUUUUUAAUUAACAGGAAAGAUAGCGCCGCUGUUUUUAUUCAGUAAGUGGCUAUGGAAUCGCACGGAAUUUCGCACCCGAUUGAUCCAUCCUCGAAGGGUCUCGGGCGAGCGCUCUGCGUUAUCACCGGAGCCUCGAAAGGCUUCGGCCGAUGCCUGGCGAAGCAAAUAGCCGGAUUGGUCAAACCUGGGUCAGUGCUACUGCUGGUGGCCAGAUCGGGGGAUAAAUUGAAGGAACUGCAAGCAGAGCUGGCCGCUUCGGACGCUGGUAAGAAAGGGUUGGUGAUACGCUGCGUGACCGCGGACCUCGCGCAGAAAGGAGCUGUGGAAGAGACCGUGAAGGCGGCGAAACAGACAAGUCACUUGGACAUAGAUCGCCUGCUUCUAAUAAACAAUGCAGCCUCCCUCGGGGACGUGUCUCGCUUUGCCGUCAGUUUCACAGACCCAGAGGAGAUUAACUCCUACCUGGCCUUCAACGUCAGCUCCGCUCUCAGUCUCACAGCGGCGCUGUUGGACGCUUUCCCCAAGCGGUCGGGGCUGCAGCGCUGCGUGGUUAACGUGAGCUCGCUGUGCGCCCUGCAGCCCUUUCCGUCCUGGGUGCUCUACUGCACCGGAAAGGCCGCGCGGGACAUGAUGUUCAGAGUGCUGGCCGAGGAGGAGCCCGAACUGCGCGUGCUCAACUACGCGCCGGGUCCGUUGGACACCGACAUGCACGCGGAGGCCCGUACGAAGUCGGGCGACGGGGCGCUGCAGAGCUCCUUAACCGCCAUGCACGCUGAGGGACGGGUGCUCACCUGCCAGGAGUCCGGGGCCAAACUGCUCAAGCUGCUGCUGGAGGACGACUUCACGUCCGGCACCCACAUCGACGUCUACGACGUGUAGGGGGGUGGUCUUAAUCAUACUAUUCGCCUGGUGGAAGGUGGGGGAUGGGGGCCAGUGGUGGGCUGGUAAUGGGGGGGAGGGUGUGUGUUUUGAGUGGAUGAGUACGAAAUGGUGAAUGAUGAAACGGAAAGGGCAUUGGAGGGUAGGUUAGCGACCGCUGGACUGAGGGGGGAAGUGGAGCUGUCUUUAUUAUUGCGCCAGUUAGCUGUCGGACUGAUCCCGUGAAACUUUCUCGCCGAUCCUGAUGAUGCGUGAAGGGUCCAGCGGCCCAAUUCAUGCUGCACACACAUUUGGUUGUGCUUUUGCAUGAUGUCAAAUGGGACCACGCAUGGUGAUGUCCAAUCAAGAGCCAAGUCAGGCUCCAAUCAGAAGGCCGGAAAAACCUGCCCAGAGCUCUUUAAGUGAGGUCCCAAACUCCAGCUCUCGAGGGCUACGGUCCCUGCUGGUUUUUGCGGUUUCCCUUCAAGCCCACAGCCAGUUUAGGCCUUGGGAAUGCAGUGUGUCUGCCACAACCAACAACCUGGUACAGAAACACCAAAAAACUGACACGGAGACUGGCUCUUUGUGGGACUGGAGUUCGAGAACUCUGCCCCACAAAAUGGUCACAUCUUAUGGUCACACGCUUGUGUUAUCUGGUCAGAAAGUUGUGCAGCAAUCCUAUUUAAACCUUUGUGCCUUUUCUGCUUUAUUGGACCAGUGCUGCUGUUGACAUGUGACAUUCCCUAUCGAAUCGUGGUCAGUUGUCGUGGUUGUUGUAGCAUAAACGCACCCAGGCAUAGCAACGCUAGUGAUGCAUUCCAUUCCUAAACACUGUUCCUGGAUCAGUUUUUGACUUUGUACACGCUGCUUGGAGUUCAUAUUAAGUUUUGGGUAAGCCGAUCCCAGAACUGUUGUUUGGGGACAUUAAGCAACUGGAGCUAUGUCUGGUGAAACAGUUCUCUGUGUCACAGGAAUAAACCCUCUCAAAACAUACACCAGUGAAUCUGUGGGACCAAGCAAACCGUAGUGCCAUUUUCCGGUGGCUACACUUCAAGGACAUGUUUGUGCGGGGAGUUUGUUUACUAGACUAUUUCAUGUGAUCCUUUUUGUUUCAGUUAUUUUCUGCAAAUGUACUGACAGGCUACAGCUUUUAUUGAUUUUUUUAGUUGUCCUGGAGUUCUAUGAGUGUGCCAAUAUAUAUUGUCUAUGUACCAUAGAAUGGUUAUCAAGCGCUGCACUGUAUGUGAACGCUAGGCAUGAAGAAUCUUUUAAAUGUGCAAAAUUCUAUGUUCAGUCAAGCAGAUUAUGGAUUUUCUUACAAAUUUGAAUAAUGAAAAUAAACAAGUAGUUAUGCAAA